AUGGAUAUCAAUACGUUGAAGGUAGAUGAACUCAUGGGUAAACUGCAAACCCAAGAAAUGAAUUUUAGAGCAAAUAUUCGAGAAAAGAAAAAGGUGAAGAAUAUGGCAUUCCAGGCUGAAGCUUCCCAUGGCAUCUCACAAGACCAAACAUUUCAUGAGUAUGACAUUGAUGUUGAAGAAUCCUUAGCAAUUAUGUCAAAUAACCUCGAAAGCUUGCGUCAAAAGCUUGAAAAUAGAAGAAGUUCCUCUAAAUCAGGUAAGUAUGUUAACCCUAAAAAAUUUAAAAAGUUUUCUAAUAAUGGUUAUUCUGAUGAUGCAAAGUCUAGGAGAAUGCAAUGUCGAGAGUGUGGGAGUUUUGGACAUAUUCAGGCCGAGUGUGCGAACACUUUGAAGAAAAAGAGGAUGUCACUCACCACUGUUUGGAGUGAUAAAGAGGACAGUGAUGAGGAUGAGAACAACAAAGAAGAUCAAACCACAAACUUUAUGGCAUUCAGUGGUACUACUCACAUAAGCAAGUGCAAAGAGACUGUCGCUGAAACUGUUGCAACAGUCUGUCCAACAGAACUCAGGUAUGAUGAAUUAUCUUCAAAUAAGGACAAUAGUCUGACUUCACCAUUUAAUUUUGCAGGUGACUCUGAGAGCAGUAGUGAUGAUGAACAGCCAACCCUCGAAGAGGUCAAAGAUGUAUAUGAAAAAAUGUAUCGGAAGUGGCUUGAAGUAUCGGAGGUAAAUAAGCGCCUUGAAGAGGAUAAGCGUGUUCUCAUAGAGGAAAAUGAAGUUUUGAAUGUAAGAAUUUCUACUCUUGAACAAAAUUCUAUUUCUACUAGUAGAGAAACAGAUAGGUUGAAGGUUAGAAUUGCUCAAACCCAAGAUGCUAUUUCUAAGUUUAAUACUGGUAGGGUAACUUUGAAUGAAAUUUUGACCAAAAAUCAGUCGAACUCUGGUCGUAUAGGUAUAGGGGGUAAUCAGCUAUCUAAUGAUGCAUUGAAACGGAAAGAGGAUCCAAAAAGAAAAAUCAAUUUUGUUAAACAAUCCACUGUUUCACAAACUGUUGCGACACUUGCAUCAACACAAUCAUCUCAAAGAAAAGUUUUUGUCCCUACCUGUGAUUUUUGUCAUGUUCCUGGUCAUAUACGACCUAGUUCUGGUGACAAAGCUAGUUUGGGGAAUAAAAACUUUGGUAAUCUGAAUUGUGAUAAAUUGUGUGCGAAAAAUAAGUUUAUGAAUCCAAUUCAACAUUCGAAAACUAAGCUUAUUGAUAUUUGUCAUCGUUUCAUAAGGGACUUGGUUGAAAAGGGGGUUGUCUCAAUUGAUUAUGCUGCAACGAAAUCCUUGCAGAUCAAAUUUCGAGAUCCGGUUAAUAGGGGCGAGAUGUCGUUUGGUACCGUGGGUAUGGAGCGAGAGAGGGUUGUUUUGUCGGAUGUGGAAGUCCAGUUGUCGGGGCUUGGUUCGCAAAAUGAUGAGAGCGGUGGAUUGAAGGGGGUUGAAGAUGGCUAA